AUGCUUCUCGUCCAGCUUGUUCUCAGCUUUGCCAGCGCCGCUACGGCUGCAACGCUUUACAGCACGUACGAAUUCGAUCCUUUGGAGCAUCUGGCUGGCACAGCACCAUAUUUUGAGCCCUCCGAUCCGCCGCGAGAUCCAGCACCACCUCAAGGCUGUUCUGUAACACGUGCAGCCUACCUGGUUCGACAUGCUGCCAUCAACGCCAACGACUUUGAUUAUGAGACCUAUAUCGAGCCCUUCCUCGAUAAGUUGGGCAACAAGUCCGUCGAUUGGUCCUCAUCCCCAGAACUCGCGUUCCUCGGUGAUUGGAUCCCUCCAAAUUUCUCCGAAGCAGAACAGCUUACCCGAACCGGCAAGCUCGAGGCUGCUCAGUUGGGUGUGACCAUGUCAUACAGGUACAGCAACCUGCGGCUACCAGAGCGUGUUUGGGCUUCGACAGCUGAAAGAACAGUCAAGAGUGCUCAAGGAUUGAUAAGAGGCCUUGAAGUGGAGGAUGAUACCAUUAAUUUGGUUGAGGUUUACGAAGGUGAAGAAGAUGGCGCAAAUUCCCUGACGGCAUAUGAGUCUUGUCCUCAAUAUUCCUCAAGCUCUGGAAGUGAUCAGGAAUCUGAAUAUAUAGAACGCUACACCGCCUCGAUAAUAUCCCGAUUCAAUGCCGACGCUUCGUCCUUCAACUUCACUGCCGACGACAUCUUUGCCAUGCAAGCGCUCUGCGGCUACGAAAGCGUUAUUCGCGGUUCAUCUCCGUUCUGCUCCACAGAGCUCUUCUCACCUGAUGAGUGGCUCAGCUUCGAGUAUGCUAAUGAUAUCUUCUACCAUUACAACACUGGGUACGGCAACCCAAACUCAGGAGUGAUUGGCUUUCCUUGGCUUAAUGCGUCCCUUGGUCUCCUGACCGCCGACCAAGCCGAUCAAGACCUCUACAUAUCUUUCACCCACCGAGAACUACCUCCGACAGUACUCGUGGCGAUGGGUCUUUUCAACAACAGCCAAUUCACAGGCGCCAACAACGUCAAUGCGACCAUGCCCACACAGCAGAUCAACUACAACCGAGCCUGGAUCUCCUCAUACAUCCUCCCCUUCCUCACCAACAUCGCCAUUGAACGCAUGAACUGCACAGACAGCUCUGGGAGCGCCGACUCAGGCGACUCGACAUUUUACCGUGUGCUCGUGAAUUCAAGCCCGCAGACACUGCCAGGCUGCGCCGAUGGCCCGCUGGAAAGCUGUUCCGCUUCCGGCCUGCAGGAGUAUCUGAGCGAGAGAGAAGCACUAUUUGGCGGCUUCUCCGAGAAGUGCAAUGUCACGUAUUCAAACUCAACUGAUACCCUGAGCUUCUACACUGAUUCUAACAACGGGACGAUGGUUGGGAAGCGGGCCUGA